CGUGGAAGGAUCAGAUUAGGGGGCAAGGUGGCCCUGAUCACCGGUGGAGCUCGUGGUAUUGGAGAAUCUAUCGCUAGGGUAUUCGCCAAGAAUGGAGCCAAAGUGGUAAUCGCGGAUAUCUUGGACAACAAUGGCCGCUUAGUGUGCCAAGACUUGGGUCCAGAAGUGGCCAACUUCAUCCACUGUGAUGUGACAGAUGAGUCCCUUGUAGAAAAUGCAGUCGACACCGUUGUGGCCAGGUACAGCAAGCUCGAUAUAAUGGUAAAUAACGCUGCUGUUGCGGAUGAGACACAACCCAGCAUUUUGGAUAACCGCAAGUCAGAAUUUGAGCGGGUCGUAGGCGUCAACCUCACUGGUGUCUUCCUCGGUACCAAGCACGCAGCCCGGGUAAUGAUCCCCGCCCGAAGCGGCAGCAUCAUCACAGUGGGAAGCGUCUCCUCUACCGUGGGUGGUGUGGCGUCGCACGCCUAUACGAGUACAAAGCAUGCCGUGGUGGGGCUUACAAGGAACGUGGCGGCAGAGCUAGGCCAAUUCGGCAUUCGAGUCAACUGCCUCUCGCCGUACUUUAUUGUAACGCCACUGACGAUGAACUUUUUUGGUAUCAAUGAUUCUUCAGGCGUUUACUCGAACCUCCAAGGAAUGGCUCUCCGAGAAGAAGAUGUGGCUGAAGCUGCCCUUUUUCUGGGAGUGACGAGUCAAGGUAUGUGA